AUGUCACGUCAACUGGGCAACGUUGCGCAUGCGCAGCGGGCGGCGCGCGCAGCCUUGCCACCGCCGUACACGCCGCCCUACAACAAGUACAGAUACAUACCGCUACAUGUUGAUGAGAUUCCCGAGGCAUCUCUGUCGUCCCCUGCGGAGGAGGAGUCUUCCAGUAGGAUGCCAAUAUCGGAGUUCAUCCUGACAGCUCUGCGGACGGCGCUGGAUGUGGUCAGGAACGUCAACAAGCAACGAGCCAUCGCAGCCGCCGCCAGUGCCACCGCCCCCAACAAUAGUACCACUGCCGUUGCGGUACGACGAACUAGGACGAAGGCGAAAAACGAAACAGUUGGAACCGGUCGAGGGUUCGAAGACUAUUAUGAUGAAGACCACCACCAUUACGAAGAACCCACCACCACUCCUAAACCUAUGAAGCAGAAGGCCAGGUACACCGACCCCUGGGCUGGAUACUACGACUGGAUCAUCAACGAGGGAUCCUUCAAGUUCUGGAGUGUCUUCCAGCUGUUCACGGCGGCCCUGCUCCUGUACGCGUGUCUGUCCGCCAUCUACUACGCGAAGUUCAACCCUAUCUUACCCGACUACGACAGGGAAUACGACGACUACUUCCUCGAGCGGACCGUAGGAAGAAACGCGAGGAGUUUAGACUCUUUAGAACCACACGAAUUGCCUUCAGGACACAGUUGGAUCAACCCUAGAACUUUCCAAUUCAUACUAGAUGCCAUAUCGAAACACUACGAGGAAGAAUAGACAAGAAAUUGAAUUUUAGUACUUAUUAGUUAGGUAGUAAGUCAUAAAUUGAUACGGGGUAACGACGAUUUAAUUAGGAUAUUUUCAUAUCUUAUGGAAAAUUUAUUUGGGAUUAGGAUAGAACAAAUGAAUUCUGCAUUUGUUAGAGUCGCUGCCAUACUGAACAAAUAACGUCCUUGUUACCCUGGAUCAAAUUAUGUGAAAAUUUGACUGAAACAUGCUCAAAUAAGGGCCCUAAAAUAUCGCCCUAAACUGGAAGUAGGUAGCCCUGACUUGACGGAACUUAAUCCUAAGUUCUCAUUGAGUCGGGUCUUUGCUUCGGCUAACAUUUAUUUAUAUUUAGUUCGUAAGCUACAUUAUGCUCAAUUUUAGUUCCUAGAAACUUCGAAAUAAACUAGCAAUAUAACAAAGGAAGUUUUAUUAGUAAGUUUUGAAAGUGUUUUAUGGUCGAAGUGCACGUGCGGGGAGCGUAAAAUUGUGUUAGGUAUACAAGGGUCUAAGGGAGCCACCAUGUUCAUGUGAUGUAACACUCGCACUGCGCGAGAAUAAACGUUCAGUGAAACCUCUACGAUUUAGGACUGACGUGUACUGCCAACUUAAGGACGCACUUGAUCAAACCAAUAAAACAAAAUUCACUUAAUCAAGCAGGCAAGAUCACGGGUAGAUUAAAGCUUGUUAAAUAAUACAAAGUAUACUUUUCUAACAAUUCUCAGAGAUUGUUAUAGAUAUUUACAGCGUAAUGAAGGAAUUGUUAGAGCUCUUGUCUGCCAUAUUUCAUAACUUUAUAAUUGGUUCACAAGUGGCUGUAAACUCAACGUUAACUAAUUGACAGUGUCGUGUCUCCCAACGAAAGUGAGGAAAUGUUUCCUAUUGAAUCUUCAUGGGAGAGUCUACACAAUUUAUUAUUUAAUUUAUGUCGUCACAUAACUUUUAUGUCGGUAAUAUUUUUAUUGUUAAGUUAAAGUAAUUAUGAUCAAGUUUUUAUAAUAUUACACUUUGUAACUUCAAUGUUAUCAUCGAUUACAAAGUGCGAUGAGCCAUCGUUGCAGAAUCCUGCCGAUAUAAUACUGUAUUAUUUUUAUUGGUAUUUUUAAAGUCGUGAUCUUGCUUGCACUUGUGUGCGUGGAUGUUUACGCGGAGCGGCUGUGCGAGCAGCGUCCAGGGUUCGAUGCCCGGCCGCGACCACUCGCAGCCUAGGACAUGUACAGGAUGUCGCUAUUAUACUGCCUUUACUACGACUUUCCUUGCUUAUUGCUACUUAAAAUGUUUUGUUUUAUUACGGCUAUCUUUAAAGUGGAAAAAUGUUCAUGUUACUGAUUGUAUCUUCUAAACUUUAAACUUAAUUUGUAAGUGUUAGAAUAUUUUAGCGAAUACUUCGGUGUCUUGACUACGAAGUAUUGUUUGAGGAAUGAGAGCGGAGCACUACAAAGUCUUUGUAAAACGAUACUCUAGAAAUUAAUAAGGCAUCGAGUGCCUCUCGAACUGUAACACAAGUUUAGAUGACGCAGCGAGAUUCUCCGUAAUAAUUAACUAGCAAGUAUCUAGUAUCUAUGAGUUCACCAUCGUUCAAGUAUGCCUUUAUUGUCUACCAAGCUAAUUUAACGUAACUAGGAGUAUACGACGUAUACGUGUGUUUUUUAUUAUAUGUUGCCAUGUAUCGCGGCCUUGUCUGCAGCGCUGUGCUUUGAUAUGUUGAUGUGUACUACUCAUUGCUAUUGUUACAACAAACUGAAAUUAAUUUUAAUUAUUCGUUAUUUAUAACGAUUACAAACACAAUCGUUGUGUUAUGCAAAUAUUUGACAUCGAGCUUGAGUUUUGAUUUAGAAGUAUUGUUCGAUUUUUUUUGCUCUAAUGUUUAUAUUCUAAUGGUUGGUCUCACUUCCUCAGAAGCGCAACACCUCAAUAUACGCCAUUUGUCAUGUAAAUUCUAAGGAGUUCGACAUUGAAUGUCAGUAAAUUGUAUUGUAUAUGACAGUUGUACGAUGUUGGUCGGUGGCCCGCGUGGACAAGUGUUCGCACUUGCCAUACUGAAUCACCCGACGAUUUGCGGUUGGUUACGGCUAU